UCCAUUAAGCGUAGAGCGCGAGUUUUAAGUUUUGAAUAGUUGGGUUGAUUUAAAAGUUGUUAAACAUGUGGUCCUCGAGCGAUUAUGGUGGUAGUACUGGAACUACAAGUGAUUUUGGUGGAGGCUAUAUGGCGACUAUGAGUGCUGGUACAGGACAAAAGAAGAUUAGUUACCAGGGCACUAUUGUUCCGUGUACGUGUGCCGAAAUAAUGGCCGCAAAUCAAGAUGGUGAUAAGUUUGUUUCUCCAUGUGGAAUAGAAUUUAGUCAAAUAUCAGUUGUUGGGAUUAUUCGUUCGGUAAAUGAGUCAAGCACACGCGUAGAGUAUGAGGUCGACGACUAUACAGGACCGUGUUUGCCAGUAAAACUUUUUACAGAGGAUCAGGACAAUACAUCCUCCGGCCUACAGUCUCGUCCAUUUCGCGAAUUAUCAUAUGUACGAGUACAUGGUCAUGUCCGAAACUUUCAGGGAGUCAAACAUGUUAUUGCUUUCCGAGUCAUCCAUUUGUCAGACAUGAAUGAACUUACUGCUCAUAUAAUGGAAGUGAUUUAUACGAGAAUGUUGUAUGCGAAAAUCAAACAAGAUGAGAAUAAUGGCACUAACGUCAAAAGUGUUUUCAGUGAGGUUGGUUCGCAUCAUGCACUUGGAUCUACUAGUAAUGGACUCACUGUCUUGCAAAACCAGAUACUCGCAAUAGUUAGAACGUUUGUUGGUGAGCGUGGAAUCCCUGUAUCCCAGUUAACGGAAAAGCUGCGUGGGAUACCUGAGAGGCAAAUAAGGGAGGACUUGGAUUUCCUUAGUGCCGAAGGUCAUGUAUAUUCGACUGUGGAUGAUGAUCACUUCCGAGCUACUGAAUCAUGAUUAAAUCGAAAAUGUUUGUGUCACCUUAUUUUACACUAAAAUCUUUUGAUUGUAUAUAAUUUUUGGUCUUAUUGCCUAUUGCCUCAAAAGCAAGAUACACUGUUCUUAAUGAAAACAAUAACAUUUAAGUUUGAGUAUCAGCCGUAUAAAUUAAAAUAAUGUUAUUUUAA